AUGUUAAUUCAUCAGAAAGUCACAUUUCAACCAGCAAAACCAUCGGAAUUAAAUGAAACAUUUCCCGAUAUAUUUACUAUCGUAGAUGAUGGAUAUAAUGGAUCAUUUUCAACUAAAAGUUUGAAUUUCUCUGGAGUUUUGCCAAAGUUCAUCGGCAAUAUUGUUAUCGAAACUUUUAUUUCGUUUCUCAGGAGUAUCAUUAAUCGGUUGUACUCUGUCACGCCAAUACCCUAUUUUGUCACUGAAUCUUCAGCUGUUGAGGUGGUUGAUUUAGCUAAACUAAUUGCUUUUGGUGAUAAUGGCACAUAUACCGAAUGGACCAGUUAUCUUAGUCGUGAAGAAUGUUUUACUGGUCAAAAUUCUUAUUGUAGAAUUCCACCAAUUGAAUUUGAUGGAAUAAAAAAAAUAUGUAUUAGAGGAAUACUAGAGUGGAAUGAAACAGAAGAUUGUUAUAUUGAACAGAGAAAAAUGUACUCGCCUAUUAGUCUAAAUAUAGAGAAAAAGGUGUGA